AUGUUAAAACCCCAGCAGCACGGAGAGCUUCUCCUGCACGACUGCCCUCCGGUGUUUGGAAAGCCGUGGUACUGGCAGCGCAACAGCAGCGCCAUGGAGAGCACGCGCAGCCUGGCGCAGGUCAUGAUUGAGAUGCGCGAGGACAUCCAGAAGCUGGAGGCGGAGAACCGCGAACUGCGGGGAGACCCCGGUCAGCGAGGAUAUGGGGCCAAGCCGGGGGAAGUCAGGCCGGGGUCUUCAGCAGCAGGGAAGCGGGAAGGGAAGCUGGAGAACCCGUAUGUGAACCUGAGGCGCAAUGCGUCUGCGCCAGUUCUGGAGACACAAUACAAAGAGAACAGUGUCAUGACUGUCCGAAGGUACUCCAUCAGCUCCAACCUGUCUGGUGUGACCAUGACGGAGGGAAGGACUGACAAGGCACAGCCCAGUGAUUCUGGAUGGGGAAGACUACAAGGAGACAUUCAGCAUGGUAAUGGCAUCUUUGGUAACUCGGCCAGAGGAGAUGUGGGAAAAGCUACUAACAGACACUCCCUGCAGGAAUAUGUACACAAAAACAGGGCAAAGGUAAAAACUGUCACCUUUCUUCUACCUGUGGAUGACAUUUACACGAACAGGCCAGUUCUGACCAAACAUCAAGAGGAGCCUAAAUUCACUGAGCUGGCUCCCAUAACUGAGACAGAUUCCUGAGGGAAGCAGAGCUAUUUAAGACUUUGGAUGUGGACAAAUAUGCACCCAUGAACUGAGGUUAGCUUCUUCCUCUAGGUCAGUGUGGAUUGGGCUCUUAAUGAGUGAGCCAGCAGACUGAUUUUAUCACACCUGACCACACAAACAGAAGACUCUGGUUACAGGUGUUAUUUUCAUCUGGCCAUCACAAUCCGGGCCGGGUUAACAGUGAUGAGACAUGGGGCCCCUUUGCAGCGCAGAUCGUAUGUCUGCACUGCUCUCCUGACCCGGGUGACGUUUCAGAGUGACACACCUGCAGGUGACGGCUCAUUUAUGGACAGUUGUGUUCAGUGACUAAGGCUUUGUGAGCAAUCACUCAUUAGUUAUUCACCUUUGUUUAUUUUCACAAUGUAAACUGAAAUGGGUUGUCAAGGGGCCACAUAUGUGUAUAAACAUGUGACCUCUUUCUUAGCAGUGAUCCUUUAAAGUGUAUUUUUUUCAGAAGACGUCACACAGUAGUAUCUGCUUUCAUGUAUAGAAAGCUCUUUGGAGAUAUAUUGUAUAUAGUUAUCCAUAUUAACAUGAACAUUUAGGCUAUACAGCACUUAAACUGUACGUUUUUACAUGUUAUAUAUGCAGUUCUAUGGAUUAUUUUGUCACAUUUAUAAUUCAAUUAUAGUUACAGUUUCAUUUAAAAAUAAAACUGUAAUACCAAGUUUUUUUUUAAUGGAUGUACAUCUGCUUUUGGGCUAUUGCUAACAAGUAAAGCAGUUUCCAAAAAAACCUCCCUUUUACCUCUCCUUCGAUAUACUGCAGAUUAAUAUUGAAGUCACAUCAUUUAAUAAUUGUUACCUUCUGUGGUCGUUAAACUUGGUAGUUAAUCACUGACAGAGAAAAUGCAUUUAAUAUUUGGUAUAAAUAAUAACAUACAUCCACACGCAAAGCAAACUGCCUACAUAAAUGUAACACUUUAUUUGCUACAGAAACAUUUUCCAUCUUUACUUAAGGGAAACUUUGACAAUGCAGAGACGGUGAUCAAAGAAUCUGAUGUAAUUCACGGAGAAUGAUACCAUCUACAAAAAAGCUCUUAUUCUAUGACUGCUGCUCAAGAGCAUUGUCAUGAGUCAAAUGCACUGCACCUUGGUUGAUCAUUUAUUUGUAAUCAGCCAUUUGUCAUUAACCAUCACUAUUUGCUUCAAUUGGUUUCCAUGGCACCCAUAACCAGCUGUUGAUUCUCUGUCCUUUAGAUGGCGGAAAACAUUUUGUAUCAUAAUAAAGGAUUAAAGCAGAAAAUGUAUUUUUGGGGGAAAAA